AGGCGGGGUUUAUGACUGUGCUAACUAGAUUAGUGACGACCCUGCUCACCAAGGAAAAAAGUAAUGGUUGUGGCUUGCCGAAUACCAGAUUUUUGUAAUGUAAUAACAGAAAAUAAAAGCUUCAGGCUACAUUUGUGUUAUUUUACCCGUUGGAUUUGUUUCAUGCUGUCUUUCUCGGACGCUGUGUGUACCUUGUGCUGGUUGGAACAGCGAUUUCUUUGAAGUCGAUUCAGUCUUGCAUGGGUCUGUAAGACGCAGCAUCAUGAGUGGGGAGCCAGACGCUUUGGCUGUGGUGAACCAGCUGAGGGAUCUUGCUGCAGAUCCCAUGAACAGAAGAGCCAUCGUUCAGGACCAAGGUUGCUUACCGGGACUUAUCCUUUUUCUGGACCACCCCAACCCCCAGGUUGUCUACUCAGCACUCCUGGCUGUGCGCUACCUCACAGAAUGCCAUCAAAACAGGGAGAAGCUGAGGGGAGAGCUUGGGAUGAUGUUAAGUCUUCAGAAUGUCAUGCAAAAGACAACCACCCCGGGAGAGACCAAGCUGCUGGCCUCAGAAAUAUAUGAACUCCUCCAGGCCUCUAACAGUGAGGAUGCAGGCAAGCCAGAGGAGGGGCCCUCCUGCAGACGCAAGGCCCAGUUCUUCCUGGGCUCCACCAACAAGCGGGCCAAAACAGUGGUCCUCCACAUAGAUGGCCUGGAUGACUCUAGCCGGAGGAGCAUUUGUGAAGAGGCCCUGUUGAAGAUCCGAGGUGUCAUCAGCAUCACAUUCCAGAUGGCCGUUAAGAGGUGCAUCAUCAGAAUACGCUCAGACCUGAAGGCAGAGGCUCUGGGUUCUGCCAUCGCCUCAACCGAAGUAAUGAAAGCUCAACAGGUGGUCAGGGGAAAGGAUGGAAAUGAGGUAAUCAUCCCAUUCCCAGAGGACGGUUCGGUAGCGGUGGAGCAGAAUGUGGAUCUUCCAGACUACCUUCCAGAGGAGGAGAGCCCGUCCCAGGAGCCAGACAAGGCUGUGACCCGCGUGGGCACAGGGCAGGACGGAGCAGGCUGGCUCGGCACUGCGGCUAACUUUCUGUCCCGCUCUUUCUACUGGUGACUCCCAGACCACUUACACCUCUUCAGACAGAAUCAGGCUCCCAGCUGCCAAAGAACUGGACAGCUGCCAAAGGCAAUGUGUAACAACAAACGAUUCCAAUGGUAUGCAGUACACACAUGCACGCAACCACAAUCUUACACACACUCCCACCUGGCACCAUACAGAGUCACCAAGCCAUUGAGGGAGAGGACCGGCUUCCGGAAUGGAUUCUUAUUUCUUAUCUUUUGGGUUUUAAUUGAGAGCUAGACUAUUCUUUCUGCAAAUGUAAACGGGUCCAUGUAUUUGAAAACCAAAAUGUCUUAUUGUGAGCUUUAUUGUGGCAACAUUAAUAGAAGUUGAUCCAUCAGAAACGUUGCCACAAAAUGAAGUUCCUGUAUUUAGAAUGAUUUGAAGGAUCUGAACUCAUUAAUGGUCUUUUUAACCUAUCUUUGAACAAGAACAGACUCAUCCUUCCCUCUUUUCUCAAUGGGUGUUCUAGAAUAUGCAGUAAUCAGCGUGUGUUCAGUUAUCGUGCCUUCUGUUUUGUUUACAUGGAUACCCUUGCUUGGCUGACUGUCUGCUUUAGUUCUGAAGCCUGUAAGGCUCCUUCCUUUAAUAUACCAAAGGUUACUGAUGCAGACACUGUAUAAACUCCAAUGUGGGUACUCUUUCAAUUCCAAUGCCAACUUAAAUCAUUCAUGGGAUAUAUGUGGAGGAUUAUGAGCAAUGUUUAAAGGACUGUGUGGCUGGUUGGAGAAGAGACAUUUUAUCUAUAGUAAAAGCAUAAAGAUUUUGCACAGUCUGAGCACUGUGUGGUAUUCUCGAACAAUGUGGUGUCAUGCUUUAUUAGCUUGGUUUAUGUUGAGUAUUGCUCAUUACAGAACAAUAUUAGUAUAUAUUUCCUAAGGAAGAGCAUUGUUCCUCUUUAAGGGACAGCCUCUGACAUUUUUUGGGGAAUAACAUUCCUUUCUCCAAUGUCUUGCAUGAUUUAAUGCAUAUUUAAAAAUAAUACAAGGCUAAACCUAAUCUCUCGUGGACAGACUACAUAAACAUUAAUGGUCGAGCAUCUGAUCAAAUUACGCAAGAUUUACGUUCUGGGCAUACCGAGAUUAGGCUGAACCUAACAUGAUUAUUUUUCUCUGAAUAUAUGUAGAUGGAAAUAAACAUUGUGUUAGAUUUAAUUGGAAAUGGAUUGGCCAGCAGUGUCCUUAAACCUGUGGUUAAAAGGAGCUCAUGUGGGUGCUGCCUUCUGUCAGGGUCAUCGUUAAGUGUCGAACAGUGAAUGUUUUAGAUGGUUCGGUCAAUAUAAUGGAUAACUUGCCCAUUGCCCAGCCUCUGAAAUGGCUAUGCUGUCAGUGCAUGUUACAGUGUAUGAAUGGGAAAUGUUUCUGCUGAGCUUAUUACUGUUCAAAGUAAAUCUCUGCAUGAGAAGUCUUCAGUUUGGACCACCUAUAGUACAGAUAACAAUCACUUUUUAAAGUUUUCCCACUGCCUCAAGGAAAAGUUCAAUUUCUGCCAAGUGUUUCUUGAAAGUGUCAUUUUCUGUCUGUGGAAGGAAAGAAUACUUGUAUAGAAUUGUCUAGAAAUGUACUGUUGUAUUAAAUGUCCAAUUGUUCAUUUUAUGGAUGCUGAUGGGAUAGGAUACUGCCUUGUGAAUGGAGGACAUGACAGUUUGUUCAACAUGACAAUUAAAGAUGUACACUAUGUAACAUG